AUUUCCAACUCGCUCCCCCACAGAAGCUUUGCCAAGAGCUUUCUUGAAACACAAAAAAAUCGUUAUUGAGUGGGGCUAAUAAAAUUAUCAAUGCCCGCUGCCCCCUUCCGAUUUUCGUCUAUCCUAACUCGACAUGACCUCCCCACCUGAGAUUGCACUACGUCUUCAGACUGUCAAGUAUUUUAAGAUGAUAGGGUUGGCGGUCUUGGUCUUUGACUACUGUAUCAAACUAGAAGCCGAGGUCGACCUCACUUGGGGGAGAAGGUGGGAUUUUGUUCGGAUCCUUUUUGCGGUGGCUCGAUACACGCCUUUCAUUGGCGUCCCGGUGGACUUGAUUUAUUCCCUUGGACCCACGUCACCACGGCCUUGCUUAUCGCUCUACCAAGUCACCUCCUGGCUUAACGUGAUUGGCACCGUUGCCGCAGAAUCACUCCUUCUUGUUAGGACGUACACUUUAUGGGGAAGAAACAGAGUGUUACUUGUUUCCCUACUACUACUUGCGCUGGGCUGUAUCGCAGGCUCUGCGGUGGUCGGUGCCAACGCUGUAUCCUUGUUCAAAUACCAGGAUCCCCCACUAGCAACUUCUGGUUGUUAUCAAACCCAAAGGAUUGCAAUAUACGCAGUUAACUAUGCCCUGCUGGUUCUUUUUGAGACAGUCAUACUAUGCCUGAAUGUUUUUCAAGCCUGGUGUCACCGAGGACAACUGGGGAGCCGUCUCAUCACGCGUCUGUACUGGGAUGGUAUAGUUUAUGUGUUAUGUAUACUAGCGAUGUCAAUAGCCAACAUCAUAGUCAUAAGUUUCCUUCCGUCGGAAUAUGCAGAGUCUCUCGACACACUCCAGUUGGUGUUUCACAGCAUUUUAUCCUCCCGCCUUCUCUUCAACUUACGAGCUAUCAUGCAACGACGACAAGAGCAAGCCACUUCACUUAUGGAGAUGGAUGUUUUCGGACGCAAUAUCUCUUUGCACUUAGUAUCUCAACCUGUACAAUCUAUUUAAAAUCAGCUUCUUAAGAGCAAUACAAGUACAAUUGACACCUUG